UUCAAAAAAAUGGCCGGUGGCGGAAGACAGUACCCGCUCAAAAUCACCACCAGAUCUCCGAUCUUCAUAUUCACUCUCGCUUUCCUUGCUUUAUUCUUACUCUACUUCAUCUUCUCCUCGCAUUCUUCUCAGCCCCCCGUGCCCCUUACAAUCCACCCCGCUCAGAACCCUACCACCUUCAACCUCCCAAAGGCCGAUUACUCCUUCGUUGUCUCCCUCGAGAAAUUCCUCACCACCAAGUCUCCCCCACCUUCCGAACCGGACGAUACCGACCUUCAAGACGUUAGUAACCUAGACGAUUCCGUAUGGAUCGCUGAGACUAGAAGGCUUUACGACCAUCCUUCUCCUCCUCCGCCUCUCAGGGUCUAUGUCUACCAAAUGCCAUCCCGAUUCACUUACGAUUUGCUCUGGCUCUUUCGCAAUACUUACAGAGACACUUCCAACCUCACUUCUAACGGCAGUCCCGUGCACCGCUUGAUCGAGCAGCAUUCGAUUGACUACUGGCUCUGGGCGGAUUUGAUUGCGCCACAGUCUGAGAGGCUGUUGAGGAAUGUAGUAGUGAGGGUCCACAGGCAGGAGGAAGCCGACCUUUUCUACAUUCCCUUCUUUACUACCAUUAGCUUCUUCUUGUUGGAGAAACAGCAUUGCAAAGCUCUCUAUAGGGAAGCUUUGAAGUGGGUGACUGAUCAGCCUGCAUGGAAGCGCUCUGAGGGAAGAGAUCACAUUCUUCCAGUACACCAUCCUUGGUCCUUUAAGUCUGUCCGCAGAUAUAUGAAAAAUGCUAUUUGGCUGCUGCCAGAUAUGGACUCAACCGGGAACUGGUACAAGCCUGGACAAGUUUAUCUUGAAAAAGAUCUCAUACUUCCUUAUGUACCCAAUGUUGAUUUUUGUGACUCCAAAUGCUUCUCUGAAACUCAGUCAAAAAGGACUACAUUGCUGUUUUUUCGAGGGAGGCUUAAAAGAAAUGCUGGUGGUAAGAUACGUGCCAAACUUGUCACAGAACUCAGCAGUGCUGAAGGUGUAGUUAUAGAGGAGGGAACAGCUGGAGAGGGUGGGAAAGCAGCAGCACAGAGCGGCAUGCGAAAGUCUGUAUAUUGCUUGAGUCCUGCUGGUGAUACUCCAUCAUCUGCUAGAUUGUUUGAUGCAAUUGUCAGUGGGUGCAUUCCUGUCAUAGUUAGUGAUGAACUGGAGCUUCCAUUUGAAGGAAUUCUUGAUUACCGCAAGAUAGCUUUGCUCGUUUCCUCGGCCGAUGCCUUGCAGCCAGGAUGGCUUAUAAGUUUUCUUAGAAGUAUUAGCCCCUCUCAAGUUCGGGAGUUCCAAAGUAAUUUAGCUAAGUACUCGAGGCACUUCUUAUAUUCCCAUCCAGCUCAACCACUUGGCGCAGAAGACUUGGCUUGGAGAAUGAUCGCGGGCAAGUUAGUGAAUAUCAAGCUUCAUAUCCGGAGAUCCCAGCGUGUGGUGAAAGAUUCUAGAAGUCUGUGUACUUGUGAAUGCAGGCGUCCCAAUAUUACCAUGCCAAGUUCCUUGGCUUGAUGAAGCAACAGGUUAUUCUGUUUGGCUUUAAUUUUGCUCCGCAAUUUUGAAGGUUCGCGAUGUUGUACAAGUAUCAUGGUAAAUUGUGACAAAGUCGUCCGAACUUGUGAAGAAGUUUAGUAGAAGUGUAUGGGAAAGAAAUUGUUCCCGAAAUUCGGGGACAUUAAACAGAUGAACUGGAGGUCCACUUUCAAUUCUAUUUUUUUUUUUUUCCUUUUAAUAUCCUCCUUUGUAGGUUUAGACUUUUGUUUUAAACAAUUCGUUCUUUC